AUGCCAAAUAUUUUAAACUCUAAAGAAAAAUCACCUACCAUUAGUGCGAAAAGACAUGAAGUUCUUUACCGUGAAGAUAUCAAAACUGCUUUUGGUUAUUCCUUAGUUGGAAUUGCUGCCAUGUUAGAUGCUUUAACUGGCUUUUAUGAAGAGCAAUUAAAGAAUACUGUGGAAAGCAAAACCACUGAAUUUAAGCAAUUAAUUCAAGAAAAUAUUGCUUUUUCACAACGAACUCAACAAGCCUUAGUAGCCAUUGCUUUAGGAAUCUUUUGCUUACUCUUGAUUGCUUAUUUUUGA